AUGUCAUCUCAAAAUUUUCUGAAAUUUGGUGUGGAGUUUGAGGGGAGUGGUCAGCUCUUCACCUUUGAGUGUCCAGCUGUGUACGAUGAUAUUAUUUACAAGGUUUCGCAGCAGUUUGGUAUACCUCAAUCUGAAACCUCCAAUUACUGUUUUCGUAAAACAGAACACUCGGGUACAAUUGAAUAUUAUACGACUGAAGAGAAUUGUCGUAUUAGGACUGGAGAUGUUGUUCAACUAGUUGAAAUUCCAAGUAGAGCAGUGGAGAAGUUUAUUUCAAAUUUGAAUCAAGCAUUGGAUUGUUUAGUUGAUAAUAGGAAUACUACUACUAAUACAUUUGUUAAUAGUAAUUGUAACCCAUUACAUCAUUUGUAUGGACCAUUUAAGCAGUUACUGAUGGAAUUAGCCAUUGUUUUGCAAUGUAAACAAUUUAACAGAGAUUUUGUUAAAUGUGAAGGUCAUCGUAAACUCUUCCAACUUGUUGAAUGCAUUGAUAAACUGGAUAAAAAGUUUCAUGAUGAAAUUUGGUCAUAUCUCUUAUCCUGUCUAAUUGAAUUAUCCAAUUACGCUAUAACUAAUCGAUUUACUAUAAGUAAUACUGCUCUGAAUAACGAUAAUAACAAUAAUAAUAUAAAGUUAUAUCCUCAUGAAGUUUGUUUUACACAAGAAAAUAAUGAUUCUAAAAAGUAUUUAUCUGAAGAAAUGUUAAUUCAACAAGAUGAAAAUAUUAACCAAAUCCAGUACUCAUCAACAAUUCUACCAAUGAAGAAUGUUUAUGGAAUAGAAGAGUUUUUCAGUUGGCAAUUAGUAUCGGAUGAAUUUUUAUCUGUGAUAAUUGAACAUUGUAGGAAAGAAACUAAUUUAGAGUGUCUGCUAAAUGAAAUGAAGUUAUUAUUAAAAAUAAUUACAGACUAUCCUGUACAUAUUCAAUAUGUUACUAAACAAACGGAACAAGGAUUUGUAUUGGAUUUAUUAAAAAUAAUUCAAUCAAACAUUGUUGGUUAUAAAUCUACUGUGAAUUAUAAUUCAAUCCGUUUGGAAACAUUACGAUGUGAAAUACAAAAUCUUAUUAUGCAAUUUUUAUAUGUUAUAUUUUAUUAUGGGAAACAACAAGGUCAUUUGAUAUGCUUAAUACAUCAGUUUUUUGAAAAUAUACAAUUUACUGAAUGGAUUCCAGAAUUACGCGAUCGUUCACUUUGGGAAUUAAUAAUCAAUUUAUAUUAUCGAAAGAAAUAUCAUUUUGAUUAUUCAAUGAUGGAAACAUUUAGCUCAUGUUUACCAUCAUCUGAUGAUAAUUCUGAAAAUACUGUGGUGUUAAAUUUUUUAAAAGAUUUUUCAAAUUUUCUUGAAAAUGAUGCAUUAUGUAAAACAGAAUGCUUCCAGAGUAAUAAUGACAAUAAUAAUAUGAAUAUUUACAGUCCCAGUAUUGAUAAUGUUGAACAAGAACCACAUCAACGUAUAUUAUCACACCGAUUGAGUAAUAAUAGCAGUACUACUAAUACUACUAAUAAUGGUUAUAACAUUAAACAAUCCAGUAUCCAAUUACUAAUUUCAGUAUGUCGAGUACAACAACUAGUUAAUAGUUUAUUAUUAACCAGAAUGAAAACGCCAUUGGCUCGUACAUCCGAAGAAACCGUUGAAAAAAUGAAACAACUAUGUUCAGUAGUGUAUUUUGAUAAGUAUACAAUUAAUCCAACUGAACAAUGUAUUGAAGAAGCGUGUAUUAAACUAGGUUUCAAGAUACCAACUGAUCCAUAUGCUGAUUUUGAAAAACCACCAGGUACACUUGGAUUUCAAUGUAUUUAUAAUUAUACAAUGAAAAAUAGAAAUAAAGUUAUUGAUAUGCUUAAUUAUGCUUACCCAUGUCAAAAAAAUUCCUAUCUAACCAAUAACACCACUAAUAAUAAUUGUAAAUUGUAUCAUUUAUCAGAACUCAAUAUAUUAUCUUCUUUGAAUGUGAAUAACAAUAAUAAUAAUAAUGUGAAUGAAAUUAGUAGUAAGUCGUCACAACAACGUGUUCAACGUCAUUUUUCCACUGUUGAUUCAAAUUCUAUUCAAAAUAUAUUACAUACUACUCAUUUACAUGAUGAUAGUAUACAAAAUCAACGUAAUAAUUUUAUCGGACGACGAUUUACAUUGGAUUCAUUAAUAGCAACAUCUAAUUUAUCACAAUCAUUUAAACCAAUGAAAGAGUAUUAUAGUCAUAAUAGUUUUUCAUGUAAUUAUUCCAUUUCAUCAUCUUCUUCGACAAUUUCAUCAUUGAUUGAUAAGAAGCCAUUAUUUCCAAUUAUUGAAGCUGCUAAUGCUGUGACAAGUAUGCUGUGUGAAUUGCUUACAACUAAUGAUACAAGUCAUGAACCAAAUAUUAUCAUAGAACAAGAUGAUAAGGAUUUUUAUCUUUCAUCGCCGUUAUAUCCAAUUUUACUUAAUAAAUCAAAUAAUAAUACUAAUCAUUAUCAAAGUAAUUUGUCAUCAUUUGAAGAUAUAUUCGAUUGUGUUUUUUCAAAAUUUUUCUCUUCCUGGACUCAAAUGAAAGCUGUUCCAGAAGAUUUAAUUGCAAUUUUAUGCGUGGUACGAGAGCAGAUAAAUCGUAUUUUGAAAACCAUUCCUAUUUCACUUGAAGAAUUUGAAAAUUCUCUGAUAAAAUUUAAUCCAUAUGAUGUACCAUCUAUGUGGUCGAAACGGGAGAAUCGUCUACGUGUAGAUAUGUUACAUAAUCACCCGGCAUUAAUAGAAUUACGUAACGAUGUAAGGAAACGUCAUCAAGGACAUGUAUAUGAGAAUCGUUUAAAUAUUUUGUCAAAUUCAGCACCUUUAGAAUAUAUCCCAUCAAAAGGAUCGAAAUUAUGUAGUAAAGACAAUCAAUCAUUCACUGUACUCUUGUCACCUGAUCGCAAGUCGCUUCUUAUAAGAGACACAAACCAGAACAUAAGAGAAAUAUGGCAACUAAACUGUAUUAGUCGAGUAUCUUUGGGUAUAACUGAGAAAGUGAAAAAAAAUCCGGAACGUACAUUACUCUUUCAAGUGGAAUUAUCCGAUAUUCCAAAUCAAGAUGAUCCCAGUGAAUCGACAAGUAAUAAAUCACGUUGUUUUCGAGUUAUUUUACUAGCCAGAUCAAUAAUUGAAUAUAAUUAUUGGUUAGAUGGAUUAUUUUUAUUAAAUAAAUUAAAUAAUCCAAGUGAUUAUUACAAUGAAGAUGUGGAGCGUUUAACUGAACUAGACAUGUGUAUACGUCUUUCAAGUUUAGAUUUAAAUCAGUUGCCAAAAAGAGAAAUCUCCAUGCCUACAGAUCCACCACCACCUUUGGAUUUUAUUUAA